ACCAUAGGCAACCAUCACCGAUGAUGAGCCGCCGUGUUUUCUCGUUUCUCUUCUUCUUCCUUUGCUCUCAGAUCUUAUCCUUCGCUUUCAAUCCUCUCCAAUCAAACAAUCCUCAACUCCUACAGGAUGUAAUUGAGAAGAUUGCUUUGAAGCAGAAAUGGGAACCGGAAGGGCUUAAUUUUUCAAAACUGGAAUUGAGUAAGGUUAGAUUCGGGACUGGCAAAAGAUACGAGUUCCGGAUCCGAUUUGGAAAAACUCAUAUGCUCUUCAAAUUCCCCGACGAAGUUUCUUCCUUGAAAAAGUUUACCAGACGAAAUAGCGACGAUUUUCUUGAUUUUGUCAAUGAAAUUAAUUCCUCGGCCGUACUCGAGCCUUUUACAAUGGAAGGUCCCUUCGAGUUACGCCUCUCUCCCGGUCACCAAGCUUCCCUCCUCCUUCCGCUGAACACAUCACAUACUGAUCUGAAACGAGUCCUUGUUGGUCAUGGCAUCACUUUACAAGUAAAUGGAGCUCAAGAGAUCUCUCUUUUCCAUACUUUUAAUUUCGGUUUACCGGCAAAUGAAAAUGGUGUCAAGGAGAAGAGUAGUGGAUAUUUGCCCUUCUCGCAUUCGUUCUGUAGGUCCUUACUUCCUGUGCAUGUUUUAGGGUCGGUGUCUCUUGCUGCCUUCCUAACUCGGAACCCUGAUGCCCACAUUGAAACUCAUUUCCCAUCCAAGGAUACUAUUGAGCUGCUGCCUGAAAAGUGUUAUGGCAGUGAUGGUUACACGAAACAACCUUGCCCCAUAGAUUCUAUAAGUUUGAGGAUAGCCAGGUUACAAAAAAUCCUGAGGACAUUUAUAGGUGAUAGAAACAAUGAAAAGCAGUUUUUAGGUUCUCUUAAUGUGAAAAUUAAAGCAUCACCUAUCGUUCAUUUCCAGUUAGAGUUGGAAAAGGAAAUUGGGAACAAUGAGAGUGUUCGCAGUAUGUUAGCUGAAUGGAGGACAAAGCCAACUGUUGAGAGACUAUGGUUUGAUGUAAUGACAAGAGUUGAAGGAGACAAAUUGAAUCCCCUUACGUUAAAGAAGGUCCGGCCUUUUGUUAGUGUAGAUACAGUCUCAUGGAGUAAUUUAUUGUCAAACAUUUCUUUUACAAAGUUCCCAUCCAUUCUUGUCCCUCCUGAGGCUCUGACAUUGGAUGUCAAAUGGUAGUGGAAAACCUUGUAAGAUGUUUUUGUUUUCGGUGAUAUUUACAGAUCAAUGCUAUACGCCAUUAUCUGUCUGUUGAAUCUUCGGUUGAUUUGUGUAACAUAUGCAUGUCACUUAUGUCGAACCCACCUUGGAUUGGAUUUGUAAAUAAUAUUUACAAAAAGAAAAAAAGAAAAGGAAAAAAGGGAGUGAUGAAAGAGCUUCCACUCAUUUGCAUUUGCUUUAGAUCCUUCACUGUACGAUAACAGCAGUGUUAGGAUCUCUGUUUCUUGUUAACUUGUAUCAUAGGCUGGCCAUGCUUCUAAUUUUAGGCAAAGAUGGACCUUCAACCUGUUUGUUUUGAGAUUCUUCUCCUGCUCUUUCUUUCGAUUACCUUGUAUUUGUAAAAGUUAAGUCAAAUCAUGUUUUGUAUUGGAGAUUUUUAUAUUUCAUGUCUCUAAUACCUGAUGAGUACCGUUCAUUUAAAACUAAUGCAUUUUGGAAAUCA